AUGAGCAAUAAUGAACAACAUAUAUUAGAUCUGUCUAAACCAACACAAGUAACCCAAAUUGAUUCUACUACUACUGCGGAAAAUGUAUCGACCGAUGACGAUAAUUCUUGCGAUAGCGGUGAUAGCGGCGUUGUUAUUCUGUCAGGAACUAACGGAACCAUUACUAUGUCCCUCACAAAUAAUCAAGCAAAUUUGUCAGCAUGUGCCGAGCAGAUAGGUGAGGCUGAGAAUCGAAAGAAACCGGCCACCCCGCAUCGUAUUCUUUGUCCUUCACCUACAAAAAAUGCUAUCAUAUACCUUCAAAGCCCGCCUGGACUUCUCAAUAAUUCUUCGUCAGGAAAAAGCCGUAACAAACGACAGGCUGGCAACAAUAAAACUCGUAAAAGACUUAUUAGUAAGGAUGCAGAAAAUGGUGUUGCAGCUACAGAAGAAAUUGAAGAAAUGAAACCUGAACAAUUAUAUGAUGCUGCGAAUGCUGCUCGUGAUUCAGCUGUUCCGAUCGAGCUGAAUAAAAAUAUUGUCCAUCAAAACCGGAAAAUAGUUGUUGGAUCAGCAAAUUUUAAACCUGGAUGUAACAAAAAAAUUACAGAAUAUUAUCCAAUCAGGCGAAGUGUACGUAAAACAAAGAAAGAAGUACAAGUUGAACGAGAUCGUGAUAUUGAACGAGCCAUUAAGGAAGGGCGUGAAGAUGGACUCAAGGAAUUUCCAAAGUGUCUGUUUAAAAAGGAUACCGUAGAGUCCAAUUAAAGAAAUUGUCACAAAAUUAUCCUGAAAUCCACAAACUCCUGAAACCCCCUGUAAUCAUAUAACUUCAAUGGACAAUAGUGUCAGCUAUACAUUAGGUAACUUUCCACUGAACUAUUUUUUAUGGCGGAUCGGACCCUUCCAUCGUCUAAAAACGAUUCGCGAACGUGUUUGCGUUUUCAUGACACGAUUCUUCUAUCGAUUCGAAAAUGACACUUCCAUAAACGUACGCAUAUUAUCAUUAACAUUUGUUUUUACCGUAUGGAAAUCACUAAAAACGUAAAAACGAAUGUUUUCCAUGCACAGCGAUCCCAAAAAUAUGUUAAAGUACUAAAAUAUUACAGUAUUACAAUUGUACUUGUAGUAGUACAGUUUUCUUUGCAGCUGUCAAAAGAUUACAAGCAAAAAUUCGUGCCAUACAGCCCAUAGCGAAUGGCAAAAAAUGCACGAUAAAGAUUUGCAAAACUCUGCUCGAUUUUCCGUUGGCAUGAGAGACGGUGGUUCGAACAGGUGUUUUAAAACAGAAAUUGUUUUCAAGCUUACAAAUGAGAAAAUAAGUAUGCAAAAUCUGACUUACGUCUGGUAGAAUAAAUCCUUCCUCGUUAAAUAAGAAUUAGAAGCUAUCCAUUGCUGGAUGACUACUAAAAAUAUUUGCUUGUAAUCUUUUGACAGGCCGAGAGAAAAAUCGUGUUUAAUCGUAUCUAAACAAUAAUUUUCAAUUCCUUCCAAGGCCUAAGUGUUCUAACGGACGAAUAUAGUGCAUUUCUUUAAAACAAGAAUCCGUAUUAUACGAAAUAUUUUGAAGGAUACGAUAUUUGUAUCCUACAAAGCUUCGUGGUCUGCGAUCACAAAAAGAUUGGCGAAUAAAGAUUGUUGUACGGCUGAUUGAUCUCAAUCUUUUGCUUUCGAUGUCAAUAUUUUUCAUGGCUUACUAAUGCAUGCAUCAAUAUUCCUUUUUCAUAAGUUACGUUUUUACAAGCCUCUUCUUUGUUCGCGAAUAUCUUCCUUUCUAGAAACAAGUGCAAAAAAAAGAUUCGCCUAUAUUUUUGGGUCUACACACCACGAAUCUUUAUUGAAUACAAUUAUAGUCAUUUAAACAAUUUUAUUGCAAUGGUCAAUUAUCGUAAUUUGGAUUGCUCGAAUUGAUUCACAACGCUGCUAGACUUCCCCUACCGCUGUGAAAAAGGUUGUUUGACAUACAUUUUGUAGCAGAAUGUGCCUUGAGAAAACACGGCUAAUGGCAAACGUUAUAUUUAUUUAUUAAUUUAUUAAUUUUUUUUAUUAACAUUAUUUUUGAAAACCCCUGUGAAACUCGCAUAUUAAAUUUAACGCUGACCCUAACAUUAACUUUUAAGCUAUCGAAUGUUUGAUUAUAUUGUUCGUUCUAUUGCAACUUAGUGUAGGAAGCUGUGCGUUGCUACCAUUAUACUCGCUAAUAAUAAGAUACUAAAUAAUAAAUAAAUAAUAAAUCCCAUAUAAAGUAAUAUACUAUUUAUGCGUAUGUAAACACCUAACACUAUCACGUUUAUAUAUUC